AUGCUGGGCAACCUCUUAGCUAAGUAUGGGGUGAGACACAAGGUCACAACUGCUUAUCAUCCGCAAACCAGUAGUCAAGUAGAGGUCUCAAAUAGGGAGGUGAAGAGAAUUUUGGAGAAGGCAGUAAGAGAAAGUAGGAAGGAUUGGGCUAGCAAGCUAGAAGAUGCUAUGUGGGCAUAUCACACGGCAUACAAAACUCCAAUUGGCGCUUCACGGUACAGGUUAGUUUAUGGAAUAGCUUGUCACUUGCUUGUUGAGCUUGAACACAAGGCAUAUUGGGCAAUUAAGAAGCUCAACUUUUAUAUGGAUCUAGCUGGGGAAAAACAGAUGUUGCAACUGAAUGAGCUUGAAGAGUUUUGA